AAGCAGAAGAAGAAGAAGCAGAAGAAGCAGAAGAAGAUUGAACAAGGAAAUAGGGGAGAAUACAAGACUCAUUGAUGGAGAUGAUCAGACUUCCAGUACUGCGCCGUGUGGCAGUUUGUGGAGGCACACAUGGAAACGAGAUGACUGGGGUUUACCUGGUGCCAGAACUGGAGAGACAGCAGAAAGAGAAAGGUGCUGCCACACGGUCCAUCCCUCUCACCAUGGUGCUGUCCAACCCACGUGCUGUCAAAGAGUGCAGGAGAUACAUAGACAAGGACCUCAACCGCUGCUUUACCAGUGCCACCCUCAGGUCUCCAAUCACCAGUGAUACUCCAUAUGAAAUACAGAGAGCGCAGAAGUUAAACACUUUGUUGGGUCCCAAAGGGUCAGAAGAUGCUGUAGAUAUUAUCUGUGACCUCCAUAACACCACAGCUAACAUGGGCCUCACCAUCAUCUCCUACUCAUGGAGCAACUGGAUCUGCUUUCACAUCUUUAAACACUUGAAGGCCAAAAUCUCCAACGUGCCUGUGAGAUUGUUGUUGAUUAAUCUUCCGCUGGGUGAAUCAUAUUCUCUGGAGUCUGUUGCAAAGUAUGGCAUCUCUAUCGAAGUUGGGCCACAGCCACAAGGCGUUGUCAGAGCAGACAUCUUCAACAUCAUGAAGCAGGGUCUGGAUGCCAUUCUGGAUUGGACUGAAACCUUCAAUUCAGGGAAAGUAAUUGAAGCAGGAGAGGCAGAGGCCUACAUAAUUCAGAAGAGUAUGGAUUACCCCAGAGACCCGAAGACUGGAAAACCUACGGCUGCUAUUCAUCCACAACUGCAGGUGCCUCACAGACUCCUCUCCCCUGCGCUCCACAGCUUUAAGCAUUCACCAAUUUUCGUAUUUUCACAGCUGUGAAUGACAUCAACCCCCCCAACCAAAAAAAGUAGGCGUACACCAUGCUACUUUUUUUCCUUUGAAUGGUAAUAGACAACACAAAGACGCAAUCGGACAGCAACUUUUUUUGUGAAAGUCUCUCUCUGAGGCACCUAAGGACAAAAAACUAAUUCGGCUCCCCAACUCGGCUCCCACCGAAGAGCCGGCUCCCGUCGUUCACUUCAAAGAGCCGGCUCUUUGAACCGGAUCGUUCGCGACCGACACAUCACUACCGGUUUCCUACUGACCCAGACAAGAGGGCCAAAUGGAUUGCAGCUGUGAAGACACAGGAUUGGGAGCCAACAGAGUACUCCAGACUUUGCAGUGAUCAUUUCAUUUCAGGUUAGUUUAUCAGUUAACACAAUUUUGAUAAAAUAUAUAGCAAAAAGUAAAUGGGUCAGUGUUUGUUAACCCAUCUGAG